GAACGACAGCACACUUCAUUGUUGUGGCCUCUGCAAUUCGUCCUGUAAUUUCAACUGCCAAAAAACCAGUCACCUAACUGUCUAACCGUUACUAACGGCUACUUUCUCUCCUUCUUGAGUUCGUUGACCUCUCUCACGAUCACUGAUUCUUGUGUACACAUGGCGGUCCCUAAACCCUUGAGUCGUUGUAAUUCUCUGGAAUUGAUUUGGGGCUACCGUUCUCCAUUUUCAUCUGCUACUUUUCCCAUUUCUAGGGUUUCUUGGCUUUCGUCGAUCAUACGACGUCUUUAUCAAUAUAAGAGUGGGUCUCAGCGUUUCAAAAGAUGGUGAACCGGAUCAAGGAAGAAGAGAAAAUUGAAAGGACCAUUCGUGGUCUUUUGAAACUUCCAGAGAAUCGAAGAUGCAUUAAUUGCGACAGCCUGGGACCACAAUAUGUCUGCACAACUUUCAAUACAUUUAUUUGCACAAACUGUAGUGGGAUACAUCGGGAAUUCACGCAUCGAGUCAAAUCAGUGUCAAUGGCUAGAUUUAAUGCAGAAGAAGUCAGUGCUCUUCAAGCUGGGGGGAAUAAGCGAGCACGGGAAAUUUAUUUCAAGGAAUGGAAUUCUCAGCUUAAUUCUUACCCUGAUGGAAGUAAUCUCUAUAGACUUCGGGAUUUUAUCGAGAAUGUAUAUGUACAUAGAAAGUACACUGGUGAGAGGAUUGCUGAAAAUCUAUCCGACAAGAGUACUGAAAAGCUUGUAAGGCUGAGACUGGGUGACAAAGAGGGUUUUAAUGAAAGUAGAAAGGUAAAUGCAUAUAGAAGUCCAAGUUAUGAGGAUAGACAUGAAUGGAAUGGAAGGUCUGGUACUGGUGGAAGAAGUGAGGACAGAAGUUUUAGACAUUAUUACGAUGAAAGAAGAAGCCCUCAAUAUGCCCCAGGUAGUUCAAGAAGUGGAGGUUUUAAGAGAAGUCCUGCACGCUUUGAGGUUGUUGAUGACAGGUUUAGAGAUGAUGGAUUUGGAAGUAGAAGACAAUCAGACCGCCGAAGAUUUUCAAAUAGUGAAUCUAGGGUUGACAACAAGUCACCUCAACGUCAGAAUAGCAUGGAUCAGUUCACUUCAGUCACAGUACGUCCUGUGAAAGACAUUUUGGGAGAGAACAGUCAACCUCUUCCUGCAGGAGAAAGUUCUAAAGAAAAGAACAGGAAGGACACUGAGGAUUGUGAUCAAAAUCAGAACAUUACAUCUUCUGGUAAACCUGGGUCUGUUGAUGGGAAUCAUCUGGAAAUUAAAGCCCAAAAUUCAGAAAGCUUGAUCGAUUUUAAUUCUGAACCUGAGCCCUCAAAUGCUGCGGCGUCACAAACACAGCAGGGACAUUGCAAUUCAUCUUCAUCUGAAUUCUCUGUGCAAGAGGAGGCUCGUCAGGUCCCAAUGACAAAUACUUUGGAAUCCUUACUGUUUGAAUUAUCGGUUCCCUCAUUUCCGCCUGUUGGUAAAGCUCCUGAAAUACCAAGUAGCAAUAAUGCUCCAUCAACUGCAUUGGGAUGCUACAUCCCUGAAGGCAACGUUUCAGCAGCUGCACCAGCGGAGCAAAUGCCAAGAUUGUUCCAUAGUGGUGGUGCUUCAAGAACUCCAUCAACUACCAAUGAGGCAACACAACCUCCAUUGUCUGCACUUGUAGGGCACAUAUCUGAUUCAACCUUAUUUGAUAACUUUACUGAUUCAGGAACUGCUAUAACUACCAACUUGCCUGUGCAACCAUCAAAGGAUGUUCCUUUACAAGCUGAACCUGAUUUUAUCAGUGCAUCAACUAUCAAAGUUCCUGAUGCACAGCAGCUAUCCCGCAUGCAGCAAAAUCAACCUUCUGCAUCCCCUCUUGCCAAUAGUAGCUCUGCUGUACGAGAGGCAGCUAUGCCAGCAGAAUCUAUAAAUAACCAGCCACAGACGCCAUCAAAUGUACCUAAGGGUCAACUAUACUGUGAUGCAUCUGCUGAACAAUCAUUUUCCAGAAUUCCUGUGCCAACCCAAGAAACCAGUUCUGGAGUUGAAUCCAAGACCAUUCAAGCAGAAGUAAAGUCUACUGGAAGAAAGGAACUGCCAGCGGACCUUUUUACUGCAAUUUAUUCAGCCGCCCCUGCUCCAUAUCAAGGCUGGCAAACUUACCAACCUCGUGUAGUAGGAUACAAUAUGCAACACUAUCCUAACUCAAUGCAUGUGCCAGCAUAUCCCAACACGGCAAAGUCAGCAAACCCAUUUGAUACUAACAGUGAAGCAACUGGACUGCAGUCCCCACCAUUUCCUUCCAAGGUGCCUCUGCAAGGAGCACGCUCUGAUGUUUCAGUUCCAAUGGGCUUAGGGCAUAAUGGCCAUCUAUCAGGGAUGAUUCCUCAGACACCUUCUUAUGCAUCUCCAAUGCCUCAAGGCACACAUAUGGGGCAACAAUCUCAUUAUUAUACCCCACCUUCCAGACCACAAGGAGUUGGUGGUGGAGCAGCUUUUGGCUCAUUUGACAUGGCUCAGCAGUUGACAGACGGAUACUCAAAUGGCAGCCCCAAUUCUUUUACUUCACCCGGAGGAAACCCAUUUGGUUAGAGAAGCAAAAUUUUAUCAACUCCAUAAAGAGCAUAUAUAUUAUUAUCUCUCAGCAGUCAACAUUUUAAGGAAAAAGCCUGGCUUCUUUUUGGUGGAAGAUGAUAUGAAACGUGUGGUCUGGUUGACUGGUGUUUCUACAGCAGUAGUUGGAAUCAUCAAAUUUGUCGAUCUCAGCGGGUCACUUAUUCCUGGUGAAGGGGAUCAAAAAACAUUGACCAUUAUGGACCAAGUGUGUAUAUGAUAGUACUAGAAUACUUGGUUCACUUAUGCUCACUCGGUGCUGCCAUCCUCGAGUGUUGGCUUCUUGUCUUUGUUCCUCAGUGAACAAGGUUGUGUAAAGUACAUAAACAACCUCUCUGUACUUCUUGCAAACUGGACUAUUGUAUCUAUUAAUGAACGAAAACUUGAUUUAAGUAAUGGAAAGCUUAGAAGUUAUUCUCAGAUA